ACUGUUGUUACAUCUAAAGAUGCCCCCCGAUGAGGCGGUGAUGUUUUUGGCAGCCCACUGACGGAACUCCGACACCACUGACUGAUUGAAUGAGUGCACUAGUAUGUCGGUAGUGGUACUAUAACGUGAACAAACAACUGAGAUAAAUGGCGAGGACGGGACCUACUGUCUAUGAUUGUGAACGCCAAAGACUCAACACGAAGUUGCAUUAGCCGAAGCGAUCUGCUGCCACAAGCUAGCACCAAAGACUACUAGCUAGCAUCUCGUUGAGCUAGCCAGUAGGUAAGAUUAGCCGGGUAGCUAAUGUUAGCUGAAAAGUCUAUUUUUAGUGGACCUUUGUGCCGUCGGUAGGAACGUCGUUAGGCAAUUAGUUUUGACAACUUAAUCCGAGAGGAUUGUGUGUAUCCUAUGAUCUCGCAGCGCUAGUUGUCUGUACCAAAAUGUCCACCACUUCGUUGGAUAAAGAAUUACAGGAGCGACUGAGAGAGGCGUCUGCCAUCGGGGAUAUCGACGAAGUGCGGACAUUGGUGGAGAGUGGAGUAAACGUGAAUUCACAGAAUGAAAUAAAUGGCUGGACGUGCCUGCACUGGGCAUGUAAGAGGAACCAUAAGCACAUAGUGUCCUACUUACUCAGUUAUGGAGCAGAUAAAGAAAUCCUCACGGCUAAGGAUGAGUUGGCCUCACAACUUACAUCCAAACCAGAGAUCAAACGGCUUUUAGGAGUUGAAGUGGAGGAAGUGCCUGAAGUCAAGGAGCCUGAGUUACCAAUCAUCCCAAACUACCUGUCUAACCCGGCCUUCAUGUAUUCCAAGAUGGAUAACCGGUCAGAGAUCAUCCUGGCACAGCACCUUACACAGAAUGGUUCUGGAGAACACGCUGAGGAUACGCACAGCGAUUCACCCUCCCUUUCACCGACUCAUGAGCCUCAGAAGUCACAGAGCCUGCUCUCUGACGUUCCCUCUCCUCCCCCAAACCCUACCACUGACAGCCAAGCCCAGGCUGGGGAAUUCAUUCCUGUGACUGAGCAAAAUGGUGUGUCACCCAGCCCGGCCUCAUCCCACAAUCACGGCGUUGUUAACUGCACAGUGCCCAUGGACCUGUCAGUUGAGCCGCACCUUGUCAACCAUGCCGACUACCCGCAUGCGGUGGCGCAUAAUGGCACCGUAUGCUCGCCUCCGUUGGCCUCACAUAGCCCCAGCUUGGCCAGCAGCAGUGGGAGCCAGGUCCAGGCCCCGGUGGCCGGCGCUAACCCAACUAUGAGCAGGCAGCAGUCUAUCCCACAGCAGCUGAGCUACGGCCAGGCUGGUGGGCCCAUGCCAGCCUUCCAGCCUUUCUUCUUCACCAGCACCUUCCCUGUCAACGUGCAAGAGUUGGUGCUGAAGGUGCGUAUCCAGAACCCCAACGCUCGGGAGAACGACUUCAUUGAAGUGGAGCUGGACCGCCAGGAGCUUACCUAUCGUUCCCUUCUGAGGGUCUGUUGCCGCGAGUUGGAUAUCAGCACUGAGCACGUGGAGAAGAUCCGCAAGCUGCCGAACACCAUGUUGAGAAAGGACAAGGACGUUGCUCGGCUGCAGGACUUUCAGGAGCUUGAGGUUGUGUUGGAGAAAGCAGAGGGCUUGUCCCUGUUCUCUGGGACUGGGGGCCUAACAGACAGACCCUGCUACAACAUGAAGGCGUCCCGCCUCACCUACUAGAGCUACCGCGGAGCCUGAGGUCUCCCCGCUUAUGAUGGGCUUCUGUAGCUACCCUCAAGCCACCAUAACUAGUUGCCCGCCCAGGUUCCCGAUUACAGCUUUGUCCGGCUUUGGUGUUUCGCCAAUUUCCUAACUGGGAUUUGUUUUUUUCAAGUUCUGUAGCUCUUGUCCUCCUCCUGUCCUGCUCUGGCCCUCCUGCCGCUUUAGUGUACCCAACCAGUUGUAAGCAAUUACUGAUGCAUGAUGUCCUCGAUUAUGUGCGAAAGUAUUUGGGCCUCUUUCUCCUCUCUUUAUCUCUUUCUCUCCUCCCACUCCUGCACUUUGUGCCAAGGCUCCAGUGGGACAAAAGAGGGAGACAUUGGCUUGUCUUCCAUACGGACUGGACUUAAUGGGAUCCUGUAAUAGCCUUAUUUGGACACAUCCCUAUCCUGGCUGUGGACUAUGGUCACAGAGGAAAAGACUUGGUCUGAUAAGACAAAGAGCAGAGGAGCAAAAGGAAGGAUUUACAUAACUCUUACCGAUAAGUUCAUCAUCAGUCCGCAGAAUAAGUUGGACCUGCACACAGCAACUUGAAUUUCUAGGAAAUUGACCUGUAGAGUGCUAUCAGAUGUUCUAGCUGGCGUACACACUUUCAUACAUGCUGUAGGCAUAAACCUUAGUGUCUUUCCUGCAGAGGGCAUCCAUUACUGUCCUAAUUCUUAAGGUGGCAGUAAUCUUACACCAGGUGAGACAAAAGCAUCUUUGGACUAAUAGUGCUUCUAUUUGCUGACUACACAUACAGUAUGCUUUAAUCUAUAUCCACACAAGGAUGGACUGGUUUCCUUUCAUAUUUAAAUCAUUCAGUCAUACACUGUGGAAAAAGAAAUCAUUAGUUCUAUUUGAAUUGUUCUCUUUUCAUGUCGGACAUAAAAAGUAGAGAUAAAUGUGCAGCAACUCAUUUUUAUUUUCUACAGCGCAUUAGCACUUCUGCUUUGCAGGGCAAACUGUUAGGUUCAGUCAGCAUAACACUAAAACUGUCAACUGUGAAGUAUUUAUUUUAAAUGUUUUGGGUUGUAUUGAUUCUUACUAAUGAAGCGAGAUCAUGCGCUUAAGAGUAGCGAGACUUGAGUCCCUGCCAAGGUUGUGUAUAUGGCUGCCCACUUGAUUUAUACUUUCAUUUCAGUUGCUGUCCUUCUGUUUUAACUGUGAUCAGAAUCCAAACCAAAAACUAAUCUAGCCAGCAAAGAUACUAACUGCAGAACAAACUAUCACUGCUUCAGGAAAGAAUGCAGCUUUUGUUGACGUGAAGAAAAAAAGAAAUGGGAUACGGCAAAGGACAUGAUGAUCUCGGGUUGUAUGAUUGAGUGCGUCCUUGUUCCUCCAGCACUAAUCAGAAUUCUCAUUGCUGACACAGUUAUCUUUGUCACCCUGUGUCCUCUCAGUUCUAUAUGGUCAAUCUAUAUGGUGACUAGGUUUCUUUUAAAAUAUAAAUGUAUGGCUUCAGUUUGGUUGUUAAAGCCAGUCUAGUGCUAAUUUUACAUUUGUAAUUAAAGAAAAUGUUGACGUUAACGGUUUGUAUUCCGUCGCUCAGAGACUGUCCGACUCAAACGGAGACUGCCAAGACGACUACACUUAAAACAUUCUUAUACUGUACAUUAAGAAUUUAACAGGUCAAGAGGCACAGCCACGUUGUGUCGGACGGUAACAUUUUAUGCUGCUUUCACCAACACUUUAUGUUCCUUUAAUUCUCGAUGCUGAAGCUCAUUUAUUUGAAGCAGUGCAGUAGGCGGCCACUACACUUGUCCUACAAUCAAAAGGUUUCUUACCCAGUGGUAACUGUUUACUGUUGAAAUGUAUACCUAAAGCUCUUACUGUAUUUGUAUGUUUUAUGAUAUAUUUUUUAUUAAUUUGUAUAAUUUUUUUAACCAGUUAGGCCUGUUGUGUUUGUGUCAAAAAAAAAAGAAAAAGAGUCUUCUAUUGUGCAAGAAAGAGUUUAACAAUGGGAUGUAAAAGUGCUGCGAUGCUGUUGUUGAGGCCAAGUGCAAUGUGGGAGGAAAAGAUUGUUGUGAGAAGAAAGGACUACCAAGAGUGCUUAUUUUCUGUUUCCUACUAUGUUAAAUGCUUGAUUAAGUAAAGUUGUGCCACAUGUUUAAGGCAGGAGCUUGGUUGAGAAAGUGGGACAAUGUAUGGACAAACCCCUCCACCGCGCCGUUUGGUGCUCUGGGAGAGUGACCGCAGCAUGUUUGAAAUGGGUUUUUAUAGGAUCUUCUUUGAUUCUGUGGAAAGGAGACCACUAACAUUCUAUUUGUUGGGGUUGCUUAUUGUUCUAGACAAAGCAGAAUACAGUUUGACUUAACCUAUGCAUUCAGAGUCUGAUAUUUUUAUAUCCAGUACGUCCUGUGUACUUGUAGAACUGAUCUUAGGCACUGUUAAGCAGUUGCGUUCUUUUGUUCUGGAGACCUGUAUCUGUUCUUUGAUAAAAGCAUGGUGAAUUACUUCCCUCUUCUUCUCUCAAAUUGACCUUGUGUCUACUAAAAGCAUAGUGUGUCCACCUGA